CAGAAGUUACGUGCAAAACAAGAGUUAAGAAGGAACAGCUCGUCAAGCCGCAAUCGAUUCCAAGCAAGGAAAAAGAAAGCCCCCCCGCCAGCUCCUUGAGGACAGCAGAAAAAGAACGGCGGAAGGAAAACAAGCAACCAUGCCAAAACCUCCUUUAUUCGGCCGCCGCCGGCGUUCAACCCCCACCCCAUCUAGAAUCGACGAGAGUAGCGUUUUAGACACCGAAAUCACUGAAGUAUCCCGCGACCGCAAGCGUGAGACAGCGGUGACUUUCAAUGUUUUCUACGGGAAACCGGAUCUGUCCCGCCAGCUGCUUAAGCACGUCGCGUUCACUGACAACGCUUCCGUGCACACGGAGUUCUUCGAACAGUGUGGCAGACAAGUGCUGGUGCAGAACGGUAAAGACAAGGGCAAGGGCCAAGGGAAGAAGGGGAAGGAGAAGGGAAAAGAGAAAAUGAAGAAUGCAUUUCAUGCUUGCCAGACGGUGGAAAGCGGGUUGCCGCAGUUUCAGGAGCUGGCCUAUUUGGCUGCAGGGUUCAGUGAGGAGGUUUUGAAGUUGUGUGUGGGUGGUUGUGCUGCAUGUGGCAGCCAUGAUGAAGAUGGCGAUGGCGAUGGUGAUGGAGGCAAAGGGAAGGGAAAGGCAAGCGCGGCGAGUGCAAUGGUCUAUCGUCCACUUUGUUGCUCUGUGGAUGGUUAUGAGAUGUUAGAAGAUGGGCUGUGGAUGCGCAAGCUUAUGAUGGCUAUUGCGCAUUUGGUGGAGGAAUUUGAUACAUGCGAGAAGGCCAAGAAGGCUAUUGGGAUUGUGGAGAAGGUUGAGGGAAUGGAUGACGAGGCGGAAACGCAUCCUUUUGUGAAUAUUUUGGCGGUGCCAGUCUGCGAGCCGGAUGGGGAGUGUCAGAACAUCGCGGAGAAGGCUAUCGACUCAUUUAUGCAGGGGAUUCUGAAGGGGUUGGAGAGUGAUAAUAAGCGGUCUAGUGCUAGGUUUUCAUCCAGAGACUCUUUUUCCAAAGGCGCAUUUGAUGAAAGUGUUUGGGAGGAUGACAUGGGUCUGAGCGACGGCGAUACCGAGAAAGACGACGACGAUGUUGACAGUGAGGGCGAUACAGAGAACGAUCAGGCCCCUCCAAAGAAGCGCGAUAGGCCUUCUCUUUCGCGCCAUAUGAGCCUCGAGACCAUGCAGCCAGUCCGCCUUGUUGUCUUCUCCGGCAUCCCUAUCGUCGAUCCCAAAGAACCACCCCGUCACGGCCGACUGAAUAUGUUACUUUUCACCUCCAACUGGCCAACAGAGAUGCUUACUGGCUACGGAGACCGGGAAGAGCCCGAGUAUGUGUGCUACCAACACAUCGCAGCAUUUCACGAACAAGCCAUGCUGGACGCAACCGAUUUCCGCUGUGCCAUCUGUCCUGGCACGGGGACGAAAGCCACAGCCCUCUUCCAUUCCCCUAUCUCUUUUAAACGAGACAACAGCAACUCCAGCUCCAGCUUACAACCCAUCCGUGACAUCAUCAUGAAGCUGGCCAAGUAUGUAGGCGGUAGCUGGAAAUACCCAGACACCACCGCUGCGCUGGGUUUGGAUGGAUUCCCUAACAUCACCGACUUCGUCGUGCCCAUCUGCGAGAGAGACUCUGUUUGCGAGAAGACUGCGCUGGUCACAGCUCAGGUGUUUCUUCAUAUGUAUUUGCCCGAGGGAGUUAUCCCCUUAUACCCAGACCUAUAUCCCACGACGGACUUCGCCCGUAUUUGGAAGAAGGAGAAAUUCGGGAAGAAUCCGAGACUCAUCUCGAAAAUGAUCGGGACUGGGCUGAUGAGUGACAGUCAUGACGGUGGUCAAGAGGAGCACAGGUACAACGGUGCCGAUACCGAUACCAAAACACCUCAACGCCCGUCCCUGAAGGGUAGACACAGUAACAACAGGUCUUCGACCGGCUCCGAGCCAAGAACCAGAAGCUGGAUCAAGGGCAUGACCAUCGAAGAUUUCCGCCAGGCUGUCGAGAACGGUGCGACUUGGGACCAGCUCAAGGAGCUCUGCUUCGAAAACCUCAGGAUCGUGCUCGACUUCCAGCCGCCUGUGACGCCAAUGGCGCUGGCGACGGCUCCUACUUCGCCUGUCGCUGCUACACCGACUUCUGAAACAUUCCAGGGGGGAGUGUUGGAAGGUGGAGGGUUGACUUCUAGUUUUGGAUCUAGUUUUGGUUACCCUAGCUCUGCCACGACUUCGUGGUCAUCGGCGGGCCUAGCUGCUCGAGGCGAUGAGGGAUAUUUUACGGUGAAGAAAGUGUGAUGUUUGUGUCCUUGAUUUCUUUGUGCCCUCUUUUUGUUUAAGGGUUGGUUAUUGUACGUUAUUGAUUAAUAGUACAUGUACAUGUUAGCGUCACAGAUUUCCCCUUCCCCAAAUAUACGUGGAAUAUGUGUGGUUAAAAUACACAUACACAGGAGGGGAAAAAAAUUAAAAAAUAAAAAGGAAAAGAAAGGCAAAGAAAAGAAACAAAAGAAUAGAGAACCAAGACCUCCGUACUUUGUACCCAUAAACCAUGCAAAUCUGCCUCACUUGGGCCCCCAUCUCCUAAUUCCCUACUAUUUAGAUUCACCCCUGAAUAACAUCCGGGAUAUCCAUCACAUACUCCCUGAGAUCAAGAUCCAUUUCAAGCUCAGCAACAUCCUCACCCCGAUUCCCCACUCGCCCAUUCUCAUUCUCAUUCCCACCCUCAUUCUCAAUCGCCUCUACCCCGCCCUCCGCCGCCCGCCUACUAAAAAGGCGAAAGCGAGACUCCUCACCCCGCUCUACCUCAUACGGAUGAACAUCAACAUGAUCAAAGCGUACCAUUUUCUUCUUCUCCCUCUUCCUCUUCUUCUGCUUCUGCUCAUUAUUGUGCUUGGAUCGGUGGGAACUUGACGAUCUGCUUCGCCUACUAGUACCAGUACUGGUACCAGUAGCAGCGCCAGCGCCAGCACCAGCGCCUUUGCCUUUACCUUUACCUUCACCUUCCCUUUCUCUUU